GUGCAUUUAAGUUUAGCUUUGGGUUACAUUCCGAAAUUCCAUGGUGAUCGAAUAGCAACAAACAUGGCGGCAGAUCCUGAGUUCGAAAAAUAUUACCUUGAGCGUGAACAGCUUGUUGUGGACUCCGAUGAUGAGUUCCAAUAUGAAGAAGUACCUGUGGAUGAAGACUUUGUGGCUCCAGACAUGGAAGAAGACCUGGACUUCGCAGUGCGGACCAUCAGAGACGGGAAGGAGGAUGAACAGGCUACAGCAAGGAAGGAGGCAACCCACAAGGCUCAGGUGACAAAACAUCCAGAGGUGGUGGAUGACUUUGUACGUAAUUUCCUCGUACGUAUGGGCAUGGAGAGGACCCUAGACUGCUUCCAGACGGAAUGGUAUGAGCUUCAGCAGAGAGGGUUUCUCCAUGAGGAGGAUGUGGGCAUAGUGCCGGACAUCUACACGCGCAACCAGAACCUUGACAGCGAGAUCAAGUUCCUGAAGGGCGAGGUUGAGAAAUAUAAGGAUGCUGCGCUUAAGGCCAAGGAUUUGUAUGUGAAACUUCGCAAGGAGAGGGACUAUCAUAGGAUGCACCAUAAGAGGGUCGUUCAGGAGAAGAACAAACUCAUCACCGACAUCAAGAGAUUGAAGCGUCACUACGCCCAGUACGAGCCCACCUUGCAACAGCUUAAGAAGAAAUACGAGGUGGCUAUGAAGGAGAAGAUGCUGUCCAAGCUUGAGAGAGACCGCGCCAUGGGUCAGGUCACAGGCCUGCAGAGCACACUGAAGAGCAUGGAGUCAUUCAAGGGUGGCUCGGCAAAACAAGGGGAGAAGGCUGCAGCAAAUUCUGCAGCCAUGUGGCAGAGAGGAGGUGAAGGCAUGGGUCCCACCCAGCGAACCCUGCUGGCAGAACGUACCAUGGAUGUACAGAACCUGCCAAAAGACUUCAAGAGGCAUCCAAAUGACUCUGAAUUCCCUGCUGACAAGGGAGUGAAUCCAUACAUUGGAAUGGCUAAGGUGCCAUCCGGUCACCUGGCGCGAUCAGGCGGCUUCAGAUUGUCUAACACCUUCCAGGCUCACUCACAUCCUAUCAGCGGACUGGCGCUGCAUCCUCGCAAGCAGAUCCUGGCCACCAGCAGUGACGACCACACGUGGAAGAUGUGGGCUGUGCCUGGUGGGGACAUCAUAAUGACGGGAGAGGGGCACACAGACUGGGUGUCUGAAUGCGACUUCCAUCCAUCUGGAACAAUGCUGGCAACCUCCAGCGGUGAUACAACAGUGAAAAUAUGGGACUUUUCGAAGGCAGAAUGCGUGCAAACAUUUACUGAUCACACUCAUGCUGUGUGGUGUGUCAGCUGGCACUCAUGUGGUGACUUCCUGGCCAGCAGCUCAAUGGACAACACGGCCAAGGUGUGGGACCUGAACAGCGCGCGUUGCCGCUACACCCUGCGCGGGCACACAGACUCUGUGAACAGCAUAGAGUUCCUGCCCUUCUCUAACACUCUCCUUACCUGCUCUGCUGAUAAGACUCUUUCACUCUGGGAUGCCAGAACGGGACUUUGUGCUCAGAGUUUCUAUGGCCAUAUGCAUUCAGUCAACUUUGCAACCUUCAACCUUAAGGGGGACACUGUGGCCUCCUGUGACUCGUACGGCACAGUGAAACUGUGGGACGUUAGACAGGGUGCUCCCAUGGUCAGCAUAGACUGUGGACCACACCCCGCUAACAGGGUGGCAUUUGACCCCGCAGGUCAAGUAUUGGCCGUGGCAAGCAAUGACAGCACCAUCAAGAUGUACGAGGUAGCCAAUGGAAGGAUCAGUUCCCUGGUAGGGCACGAGGAUGCCGUGCAGUGUCUCAUCUUCGACAGGGCCGGAGAAUACAUGGUUUCUGGUGGCAGUGACUGCACCAUUCGAAUAUGGUCGUAACAAAAUUUGGAUGAAAAUUAGAUCUUGAGAUAUUUAGCAUGAUCAGAACAUUUUAGCAAGCUGUCCAUCUUUUCUUGUAUUUUUUGCCAAACUUUGAUCAGACAGUUUCAACAUGUGAUUUACUGGUAAACAUUUUUGUUCAACUUUAAUAUAACUUUUUGCCAUUUUUUUAUGGAUUUAAAUUCACUAAUGAUAAAAUAUGUAAUAAAAUGCUAGUACAAUGUAUGGUAAUACACACUGUUUUGGAAUUUGUUACUGAAUGUUUGCAUUUCUUUAAAUGUAUUUAUUUAUUUCAAAUAUAUUUUUUAUCGAAAUUAAAAUGUACUUGGAGACUAUGAAGCUGAUUCUAUAAUUUGUUUCAAAGUACACACCAGUGUCGAUGCUGUUGUGUGUUUUAAAACAAACUGCCUGAAACUUUUUAUGCCCCCGAAGGAGGGCAUAUAGUGAUCGAACUGUCUGUCUGUCCGUCUGUCUGUCCAUCACACUUUGUGUUUAGGUUUCGAAAAAUGCUCAUAACUUCUAUGUCACUUCAGAUAGCAACUUAAUAUUUGGCAUGCAUGUGUAUCUCAUGGAGCUGCACAUUUUUAGUUGUAAAAGGUCAAGGUCAUCCUUCAAGAUCAAAGGUCAAAAAACAAAUAAAAGGGAAGUAAUAAGCUUUAAAGGGAGAUAAUUAUCUGUACCUGCCAAAUGAUAAAAAAACAAUAAUCAAAGUGGCGCAGUAGGGGGCAUUGUGUUAUUAACAAACACAUCUCUUGUUGAAACAAACAUGCCCAUAAACAGUUAAAACUAGUAAUAUAUGUAUACAGAGAUUUUGACUCUGCAUGAAAUAUCAAAAUUUCAAAAUAGUACAUGUCAGUUUUAAUAUAUUGUAUCUGUGAUAUUGUCAAUGUUAAUGUCAAAUACAACAACAAACAA